AGAAGCGGAGAGCAGAAGGAUGCGUGCGGGUGCCGCUUUGGGUUGGCUCCUACGGCUGUCUUGGGCAGCUCAGCAGGGCAGCGUUUCCGGCAGGGGAAAGGCAGCCACGCGGCUUCUGCAAGCCCGGCCGCUGAGUUGCCGCGGAUAUCCACGCGGAUUCAUGGCUCAGGCUCAGUACGACACGGAGCAAAGGGGGCGGCUGCAUUCGGCCGAGUUUCGCCUCUAUUUUAAGAACUCAAAGGGAAAAUAUAUUUCUCCAUUCCAUGACAUCCCUCUAUUUGUUGACCCAAAUGAGGAUGAGGAGGUUCCUUCAAAACGGUCAAAGAACAAUGGAAAUGAGGUUGUCUUUAAUAUGAUUGUAGAAGUGCCUCGAUGGACAAAUGCUAAAAUGGAGAUUGCCACCAAGGAACCAAUGAAUCCUAUUAAGCAAGAUGUAAAGAAAGGCAAGCUGCGAUAUGUAGCAAACAUUUUUCCUCAUAAAGGGUACAUUUGGAACUAUGGGGCCCUCCCACAGACUUGGGAAGAUCCAGGGCAUACAGAUGAUAAUACAGGAUGCUGUGGUGACAAUGAUCCCAUUGAUGUUUGUGAAAUUGGUGCCCAGGUUCGGACACUUGGUGAAGUUGUUAAGGUGAAGGCCCUUGGAAUUAUCGGUCUUAUUGAUGAAGGAGAAACUGACUGGAAGGUCAUAGCUAUCAGUGUGGAUGACCCCCAUGCUCAGAAAAUCCAUGAUAUUGAUGAUGUCAGGAAGUUUUUCCCGGGUUACCUUGAAGCUACUGUUGACUGGCUCAGAAGAUAUAAAGUCCCAGAUGGGAAGCCGGAAAAUAAGUUUGCUUUUGAUAGCACAUUUAAAGACAAGGCAUUUGCUUUAGACAUAAUCAAGUCCACCCACGAGUGCUGGAAAGCUUUGGUUCACAAAAAGGCUGAUGGAGGAGCCAUAAAAUGGUAUGCAUCUAUUGUGGUUUGGUCAAAAUCCAAUUUGAAUUACAGGCAGUCCUCAAUUAAGGUAACGUCAUUACUAAGUGAUGCGGUCAUAAAGCAUAAUGUUACAAGACCAUUCCAGGGUACAAUGGCAAUUCUGGCAUUUAUGGUUGCCUUCAUUAAGCAAAUCCUAUGCAGUCAAGCCACAACAUUAUAUGAUCACCAUUUGUGAUCUGCUGAUUUCCUCAUUGACUUUGCUUUUCUGCAAUGAAGGUUUCAAACAGCAAUUACAUGUCAAUAGGACAUUAUGACUAUAUGUCAUGUGGCCAGAUCACAAUCAUGUGAUCACAGGUUUUUAAUAAGAGACUAUGUAAACCACAAAGUGCAGUGCAACAGGGCCGUGCGUCCACCACAUGAACGUGCACAGUUCGCACACACAAGGGCGAGCGUGCGCACUUACUGCCCAUGACGCUCAGCAACACCUCCACAACACUCAAGCUGCUUGGCAGAGCAUCGCAUAGGCGCCGUAUGCUCUGUGUGCAUACGCGGAAGUCCCGAACAGCUCAAAAACAGGUAAGGAGCGCCGGUAGGCGCUCCGUAGCACCAUACUGAAAUGGUACCUGGUGCUCCCAGCAGGCCCCGGUACACCCGUACUGGGGUAUACUGGUCAUAUCCCAUCACU